GAAUGCUGUGAUAUCAGCCGUUGCCAGAUAGAACCGUGACGUGUUAUACUAAGGUUGAUAUAAGUAGGGAAAUGUAACUUGUUUCAAAGCGCAUAACUCUAGCUACUCUACACUCCAAUUAGAAUUGCCAUGCAUGUACUCGGCAAUACAUAAAAUUGCAUUUCUUCACUGCUGUAGCUAAUACAAAGUUGAAUUUCCAAUAUGGUAGAGAGGUUGUUGUUGUACAGUGGACUGUUGUCAUGUCUCCGCAGUGCCUGUAGUGGUGCUGUGAGGAGUCUACUGUGGACUGAACUAAAAUCCUCAGCAGCUCCCAACUGCUAAUAUUUGCUGUGGAUAAACCUCAUUUACAUGCAUCAGUAUUUUCAAUUAUAUUGUAUUCGAAUAGGAGCAUUAUUACUAUCCUAAAAUAUAGAUUAUCGAUGCACAAAUAGGCAAGCUGAUUCUUCUGGCACUUCUACAGUCUUUCCGGAGUGAAUACCCUACAUAGCCUAUACCAAUUGAAGCUGAUGUUCUCAAGGACAAGAGUCACGUGAUGUAUGAGGGCAAACACAUCCACUUCUCGGAGGUGGACAAUAAGCCAUUGUGCUCAUACAGCCCAAAGCUCUGCAAGCAGCGCAGGCUCAAUGGCUAUGCCUUCUGUAUCCGUCAUGUCCUGGAGGAUAAGACUGCCCCCUUCAAGCAAUGUGAAUAUGUGGCCAAGUACAACAGCCAACAGUGCACCAACCCCAUCCCCAAGUCUGAGGACCGCAGAUACUGUAACAGCCACCUCCAAGUUCUUGGGUUUAUCCCCAAGAAGGAGCGGAAGAAGAAGCAUGAUACAUUGGAGGAGAUGCGCUCACGACCUCACCUGGAGUCAGUGGCUCUUAACAUAACUGUGCCCUCGCUGGCCCUAAAGGCCUCCAACGGCCUGGACGAGCUGCCACCCUCUCCACCCUGCACCCGUCUCUUACCCCUCCCAGAUGGGGAGAUCCUGGACCCUUUUGCCUUUUAUGAGGACGACACAAACGGGGAAGAGUGCGCUGCUCAGAAGGGCUCCGCUGUCAGGAAGAAACUACACAGUCGGCUGGUGCUCAGCCAGAAACUCCAGCUCCACCAUCACGACACUGACUUUUUCCAACCACCUUUAGAGCACUUUAGCCCCUCUCCUUUCCCCGUGUGCACCCCUCCUCACCCCUCCACCCUCACCUCCCCGUAAACAGCAGACAGGACUCCUCCAGCCCCCCCACAGGGUUUUUUAUGCAAGCCAGCUCCACCUCCGACUCCCGCCUUUCUGCCUGUCGGGCUGCCCCCCAACACGGCUCCCAGUCAGGUGCAGUCCUCUGGUCCCCCCCUCAGCAGGAAAGCUCUGUUCACUGCCACGCCCUUGCCAUCCAGUAGCUGGGACAGCACUCAGCGGCAUAUGGUGGCCAUGCGCCCAGCUGCCUUCUCACCUCCCCCUGCCUGCCUGGCCAGGUUACAGCAUCUGGUACAGCUCUGCGCCCAAAGACAUCAGGAGCACGGAGACCUUUUCCCUCAUCUAGGGUUGGACUGGUCUGAAGACAGUGCUGAGGAUGAUGACGUGGAGGCCGAGAGAGUUCCACCAUAUCACAACGCCUGGAGACUACAGGAAGGACACACACAGGACGUCUCUGAUGAAGAUGCCGGUAGCUCUCGGAGAACACGUCUGGCACGGCUGUGCUCGUACCUCCAGGAUAAAUACAAGCACUUGUGCAGGCAGGAGAGGGCAACCAUGCGCCAGAAGAGAUACCGCUAUGCCUUCCGCAAAGCCCUGCUGCAUGCCGCCAGUAAAGACCCUGACUGUGCUGGCCAGUUGAUCCAGGAGCUGCGCAAGGUCUCCCAGACCUCGUCAAGUGCGCUGGGGCAGCAGGAGACAGAGGCGGGAAUCUGCACUGGAAGUACCAAGGGCCGGGCCUGCACUAGCCAAGCUCUACCCUUCACCCGACACUGCUUCCAGCAUGUUCUGUUGAAUCGCUCCCAGCAGCUCUUCUCCAGUUGCACAGCCAAAUUUGCAGAUGGACAACAAUGCUCCAUCCCUGUGUUUGACAUCACGCAUCAGACACCGCUCUGUGAGGAGCAUGCCAAAAAGAUGGACAAUUUCCUGCGUGGGGAUGGUAACAGAAGAGUGCAGCACCAGCAACAGCAGCAACGGAAGCCGCGGAAGAAGAGCAAACCGCCGGCGCUCACCAAGAAACACAAAAAGAAGAGGAGGAGAGGGCCAUGGCGGCCCCAAAAGCCCAUCCCGCCGGCUCUGCCCCAGGGGAACUUGGGAAUGCCUUCCUCCUCCAGCCUGACCAUGCCCACCCAGGGUAGCAUCAGGAGUCCUUCGACGCCCGAACUGAGCACUGAUGAGCUUCCUGAUGACAUCACCAAUGACAUGGCAGACAUUCCAAACGACCUCGAGCUGAACCAGGAAGACUUCUCGGACGUGUUACCCAGGCUCCCCGAUGACCUGCAGGACUUUGACUUGUUUGAAGGUAAAAAUGGGGAGCUGCUACCCACCACGGAGGAGGCUGAAGAGCUGGUGCGAGCACUGCAGGCUGGGCUGAUGGGCUCCUACCCAGACUCCCUGGUGUGCCUGACCUCCAUGGCGGAGAUGGCACAGGCAGAUGGAGUGGACCAUCGGGUCAUGGCAGCAGUGUUUCCUGGGCCAGGGGUCCAGCCGGGUGGGAUUGGGGACCUGCUCAAUGGCCGCAUCCCCCCAGAGAACUUCUCCAGCCUGGAGCUGGAGGACAACCUGCUGCACUCUGCUGGAGGCCACUUCUCCUCUGCGGUGUCACCUCAGCAGCCCCAGGGCCAGGCCCCCCCCCCUGGGCCUAGCCUCACCACCCCCACAGUCGCACAGAGCCCCCUGUCAGAGCGAACGUUCCCCCGGACACACCAGCCCAACAUCCUGGCCAAGCCUGAAGUGCCCACCUCGUCUCCACAGGGCAACCAUUACAGCAGCGAGCAUGUGCCAUCCCCCUAUAGUGACCACAUGUCCUCCCCCCAUGCCACCUCCUUCCAGACAGAGACUCCUCUCCUUGUGGAGGUCCCUCUGAGCGGGGUACCAGGCCCCCCGCAGUCCUCCUGGAACAACCCCCACUUGCCCCUCACUGACCCCACACAGUUUGGCAACCUCAUCAGACCUGAGGGCCACCUCAUAUCCACCUCUCUUUCUACUCCCCCCUCCUCCACCUCCCACUCUGUGACCCUGCAGCCCAUGGCUGCCCUCUCAGCGAUCCCCCAGAGCGGCCUGACGGGCUUGACUGCUCCCCCCAACCCCUCACCACACGACCUCCUGACCUCCACCCAGUCCAAGCAGCAGCUCCCUCAGUUCAGCGCUGCCUUUGGCCACCAGCUGGCCUCCCACAGUGGCAUCCCCAAGGACGUGCAGCCCAGUCACAGCUCCACGGCGCCCCCCACUGGCUUCUCCAUAGCUAGUGCCACCGCUGCAAGUGCCAACAGUGCAACACCCCCUUUUCCACACAGUGACUGAGAGCGAGCCGGUCAAACCAUGGACUCUAGACACUCAUUCACCCACAGUCGAUGCAUUUUCCAUCUACUUCAAGUGUGAAAUGUGGUAACGGUGCACUAUACUAUCUGAAUUUCCACAACCUCAGAUAUUCCUUAACUGUAAUGAUUUGGUGAUGUUAUAGCCAUUUGGCCAUCUGAAAGGGUAUGCAAGAGUCCAGUGGUUUGAUGUGAAUGCCGCUCGAGGGUUUCACCAGCAGGAGGAGAUGUUGGGCAGCGUUUGUGUGGAGGGAGGGAGGUGUCUCAGUUGAAACGUGGACUCACUUGGAGGAACAUUGGAGGAAGUACCUUUAGGAGCGAUUAUUCCUAUCAUAGUGACCGCAACAGUGCUAGAGAAUUCUAUGACAAAGCCUCAAUCAGUGGUCUGUUUUUUUUUUUUGUGUAUCGCCAGUUUAGUCCUGUCUUAAGUCUUCAACUAUAACCUGCCUUGCUAUGAUCAUUGCAUCGCCUCAUCUGUUCCUCAUUCCAUUCACCUUUGAAAGAGAUUCUAGGGUAGAUCCUUUGUAGGCAUCUGUGUGUGACCCAUUAUGAAGCAACAGAGGAAAUUGCUCUGUCGAAUAUCAUGAAGUAGACUUAUCUCCUCCCACGACUUAACAGACACAGAAUUUGGCCGAACCACUUUUAAACAGCUUUUUUUUAAAUAUUGUGUAUAUAUUUGGUAUUUUAUCGGUUUACUCAAAUGUAAAAGGUCUUUUGACCUCACCAUUCUUUGGGGAACUCCUUACGGGUGGCCUAUUAGACACUUGAAGGUAAAUCUUGUUACUUUAAGCAAUAAACACAUUGCCAUACUCGGUCACAGUCGUGUAAUGUAUUGUAUUAGUCUUCACUUUAUGUAUCUUCAUUAUGUAAUCCAUACCAAUGUGGACCAGAAAUAUUUUGGGGCCUGUAUAACUCCUGUGUCAUAAACAGUUUGUUUUAAAUCAAGGCUAAACUGUUUGAGUAGAGAUAUAGACUGUCUGUAACUGAACAGGAGCCAGCUUGCCAAAAGCAUCUUAAGGCUAUAAGUUAAUUGAUAGGAUCCUAUAGUUCUAACGAUGAACUUAGCCUUAAGAUGCUUUUGGGAAACCAGGCCCAGGUCAGGAAGCUUCUCUUGGGUCAUACUUAGUUUCACAUAGCGAAGGGAAAAAGGGUCACUGUUAUUGCGAGGGUAAUGGCCAUAUCUAGGGGCUUUAUUGUCUGCAACUCUCCAUGGUGCUCUCUGGUCUUGCUAAAUAAUGGCGUUUUUAUUGGGACAUGCAUGCAUGUGGUCCCUCCUAAGAGAGAAACUCUCUACUUCAGGAACCCAGUGGGGGGGAAAUGGUUCUCCUCAAUAUCAGAACUCAUUCAGUAAAGGACCAGAAUGUUGUCUUUCACUAGUCUAGCAGUGUAUAUGGAUACAGUGGAUGUUUAUAUGGAUGUGAAAUUAUGGCCCCCUUGUUUAACCCUCUGUUAGCUGUCUGUGGUAGUGACACCAUUGAUGUAAACUGGUGCAAUGAGCAUUUGAGGUAUAGCACUGUCUGUUGUAAUACAAAAUUAUUAUCAGGUGAAUUAAGGUCAAUGAAGCAUGGGUCUCUGUUAACUGUUUGGUUAGGGAAUGAGGAUGGACUCUACCUGACAACUCUGUCCUAUCUGCUUUUAAUAACUCUUAUUACAGCAGUAAACCAUGAGGUUCGGUAUAUAUUUUUUUAACUGAAAGAUACUCAGUGUUAAGUAUUAGAUAUAUUUGUAGGGUAGAAAUCUCUACAGUGGGUUUUAUUGGUGAGUUAACGAGUUGCAAUGGAUUGAAAAUGAAGUAAAACAAAAAAUAAAAAAAAUCUUGCCAUUUGCAAAGUGCUUGAUGGAAACCUUUCUCUUGUUUUAAUGGCUAGCAGAACUCUUCAUUUAUCUGAAGUGGAAUGAUCCAUGUUUCUGUACACUGUCAAUUAUAAGACAAUGUCUAUAAUUAUGUAAGACAGUCAUUUUGAUAGCUAUUACAUUCUGGCAAGCAUUUGCUGCUGAAAGACUGGGAUUGCAUGGAGAGACAACCUGACAGCUGAGUGCAAAGCCACAACAUUUCUCGCUCAUUUACUACUGGAUCACUCUAGAGAGCAGUAAAUCCAACCAUAGCGUUGCAUACAAUUUGAACCUUUAAAAAAAAAAAUCUUUGCAAGUACUAGGGAUAUACAUAACAGCACCUGUAAUCAGUUUGGAUUUGGAGGACAUCGCUGACCUGCUCUAAACAGGACUGAGGCCAGAGAUUCACCUAGUAGGCAUCUUGUAUUUUGUCAGGAUACGGAUUACUAACAGCUGUCAACUGCACACACACAUUUUUAAGACCUGAGCAGGCCCCAAUUCCAACUGAAGGCCUAGUUCUUUCUCCCAGUUCCAAAGAGACACAUUACCAGAGCAGACUCAAGUUUGUUUCUUUUGCUUGACCACCCCAUUGUUGUUCCUAGAUGUACAGCCCCUAGGAAUUAGGUGGGCUGGAAAGUGGUCUUGAAUUUGCGCAAGCAAGGCGAUACUGCUGUAUUCACAAAGCAUGAGAUGAGAGACAUUGCACAGCUAGACUCCCCACCAACGAUAUAGAUCCAACUCCACGGGGCGCUUGAAAUCUGAGAGAUUGGCUGACAAAUUCCUAUACUCAUUGAAUGUACUGUAUUACUGUUUUUAAACAUGAUAGGAUGAGCUAAUAAUAAUCUAGUCACCUUUUAUUGGUCCUUGUUUAAUUUGUCUAAGGUAUUUUUUUGUAUACAAAGGUUUACAUUUUUAUGUAUAUUUUUCUUGUGUACAAAUGAUGUAAUAUGUGUAUAAACACUGUAUGUAAUAUCUGUAUAUAGUGUGAUAAUUUGAUCUGUUUUUUGGAUGUAUAAAUAAAACUUGCUGUGAGGUAUUCGCUGA